AUGAAUUACAUAGAUGAUGAAUAUAAACUAACUAAGAAAAUACUAGCAUACAUUUUAGUGCCAUCACCACAUACUGGAGAAGUUCUUGCAGACUUUGUGAAAGCUAUAGUUUUAGAUUGGAAUAUAGAUAAUAAGUCUUUUGAUUUAGCUAAUGACAAUGCUAGAUCUAAUGAUGUUAUGAUGGAAAAUCUGAAGACUUGGGUUGGUAGCAAGGAUUGUCUAAUUCUUGAGAGGAAUUUGUUUCAAAUUAGGUGUAGCAAUCAUAUAUUGCAUUUAGUUGCAUUAUGUGGGAUGAAAGUAGUUGCUGCAUUUACAGAAAGUAUUAGAGAGUGUGUGAAAUAUGUCAAGGCAAGUCAUGCUAGGAUAGAGAGGUUUGCAAAUGUUAUAGCACAAGUUAUGCUUCCUGAAAGGGAUUAA